AAUCGUGGCGGUUCAAAGGUGAUCAGAAAUGUAAAGGAAACACGGGGACGACUUUGAUUUCGGUUACAAUGGAUCUGGGGUAGCUUUGGACACACCGGAUUAAUUCGCAACAAUCGCCACUCCGGAUCUAAAACGGCACCUUUCCGACUCUGAAGGAAGGCAACCGGCACGCAGCUUCCGCCAUUAAAGAUCUGCUUCAAAUUCUGUGUCCAUCUCAGAGUCCACUCUUCUUCUACGUUACGCACCUUCAAUGGCUGCGAGGAAAUCUGGUUUAAUUGCAUUGUUUGAUGUCGAUGGAACUCUUACGGCCCCCAGAAAGGGGGUAACUCCUGAGAUGUUGGAGUUCAUGCAUGAACUACGGAAGGUUGUUACGGUUGGAGUUGUGGGUGGAUCUGAUCUUAAUAAGAUAUCUGAGCAGCUGGGAAACACAGUUAUCACCGAUUAUGAUUAUGUAUUUUCUGAAAAUGGUCUUGUGGCCCAUCAAGAUGGGAAACUCAUUGGCACACAGGUAUAUUGAUAACAUUCACAUGAAAACUGAUCUGGUAUUACAUAUAAUUUGCCAAUGCUCUUGCUUUGACAAAUAUCUUUUAGUUCAAGUCUGAUCAGAGUGCUUUACCAGUCAGAAUGGCUUUGAUGUAGGAACAUAGUCCUUCAUAGUUUUCUGAUGAUCUUUCAUAAAUAGACUAAUUAGUGUUUCCAUUUACCAGUCAGAAUAGAUAUUUUUGCUUUCU